AAUGCUCCCAGCGGUGGCCGCCGCGAAGCGAGCGAUGGUGUCCAUAGCAACCUUGCCGGCUGCCAGGCCCGCCCCUUGCCCGCCCGGAGAGAGACAAGGGAAGAAGGGCGGGCAGGGGGACGGACGGACGGAAAGCGCCGGUGCGGGCCGCUUGUGGCUCGCUGGCAGAGAAGGAGCCGGCGGGGCCAGGUCAAGAGCAUGGGAGUGAGGAUGGAGGGCGGCGGCGGCGACGGCAGGAGGAGGAGGAGCCCAGUGAUGGAAUACCAAGCUAUUCCUAGGUAUGGACCAGCAAGCCCAUUCAAAGGACUUUUAAGUACUAAAAGUAAUGCUUUCUGCAUUGACGACUCCUCCCGCAGACUAAGUAACCAGUACCUGAUCUGGGAUCAUAUGGCUGUCCAUUACAAUAAAAUCCUUUCAGCUAAAGCUGCUGUAGACUGUUCAGUACCAAAAAGCAGGUUAAACAGCAUAAAGCUUUCAGACCAGCAGCGAAGAGAGAAACUCAAGAAAGAAGUAGAAAGAUGUGAGAAGGAGAUGAUUUCACCUACAAAUGUGUCCCGAUCUAUUUCCAGGGAGAGUAGAAGACCACUGUCAGCCACAUAUAGAAAAGAUACUUUAGAAGCAGAAGGCAAUGUGGGGCUACCUUCCUUUGUGCCAAGUGAACAAAAGUAUGCGUUGGGCCCCCAAGCAACUCCAGAGAGGCAAAGCACAGUCCUUCCUAAUGCUGAAAAUCCUGCCAGGAAAGAUGCUCAGAAAGCCUCCAGCAUCUCAGGCCCAAGCUCAAGCAUCAGUACUUCAAGUCUGCAAAGACCGCACUCCAAAAUUUCCUGCAGUUCUUCUUCCGAUAGCAUUGCAAACAAACAUGCCCACAAGGCCCUGAACACUGAAUCUAAAGUAUGCAGUGGGGAUCUGCUUGACAAGCACUCUGAACAUUUUACCAAUGGCCAGCAACCAUUCACUCCACGCACUUUAAAAUCAGAUGCCAAAUCCUUCCUCUCGCAAUACAGAUAUUAUAUGCCGGCAAAACGGAAAAUGAGGGAUAUUGCCAAGCAGGUGGAAGCAGAAACACAGACCGACAUAAGCAGUUUUCAAGUGGAGUCUGAACGUUCAGAAAAAAAAGAUACGUCUGACUUUCAAAAGAUCAUAAAGGAGGUGGAAGACAAUGCAGAUAAUAAGGCUGAUGAAAUGAAGUCUGUUUCCCAGUUCUCCUCACCAAGGGUGACUUCUCCAUGUUCUGCGCAGUCCCCAACAAUGAGAAGAAUCCAGGCUGAAGAAGAAGAGCUUCUGUAUUUAAAUUUCAUCCAGGACAUAACAGAUGAGAUUCUCAAGCUCGGAUUAUUUUCCAACAGGGCUUUGGAAAGGUUGUUUGAGCGUCACAUAGAACAAAAUAAGAACCAUCUGGAUGAGACCAAAAUGCGCCACCUGCUGGAGAUUCUGAAAGUAGACCUGGGCUGCAGCAAAGAGGAAAAGUCUGUGGGAAGAUCUGACAUGUUUGAUCUGCUGGGGUCUGAACCAACUGAGCACUUCCAACUUCCCAGCAACGCUCAAAGACAAAACAAGCUGGCAAAAAGUGAGGAGUUUUUAAAAGCACUGGAUUUAAUCACAAAUGAGCCAGCUGUACCCUGUGUACGCAGGGAUAAAUUUGAGAAGGUGGAGGGCAACAAUGAAUUUUCCUCCUCCAUGGUGACUGAUGAAACUGCAGAUACCUCAUGUACAUUGCCGCCAACACUCAAUUCAACCACAUGCGAUGCUGACUUUGAAACGAGUGAAUCUUUGAGGGAAGUCGAUGAGCUCAAAGACAGCUUGGAAGAAGCCCUUCCCAUCUCCACGGACAAUGCACAGGAGCAAACAACUAGCAGCAAAACACCAAGCCAGGCAGCACACCCAGCCAGCAGUGCAGAGAUCUGAACUUUGCAAAUUAAAAUAAAAUGCUACCAAAUCAUCCUUUUUUUUAAAAAAAAUCUUCUUUUGGAGGCACUUGCAGCCUCAUCUAAAAGGGGGUCCAAAUAUUAUGAAUCAGGCUUUCGUGAACUGAGUACUAACAUACACUGCAGUGGGCAAAAGACAUGCAAUGUAACGCAGUGAUAUUAGCUGCUGAAAACUCUGUAGAGCUUUUAUAUAUCUAUAUUUUAGAGGCAGGUGUGAUUUAUUUAUAAGAUUUAUUUAUAAUAAAUGGGUACAACAUUU